AUGGGCGACGAACGAGCCUCAAUGAGUAAUCAUGGCCCCAAUGUGCGGCUUCUCGCGUCAUUUCCACACUGCGGGUCGUCUCUCCCUGGCAGGAUCUUGUCCAAAUCGCCCGUCUGCAGUGUGGAAAGUUGGCCAGCCUCCGUCGAGGAGGGUGAUGAAGCAGCGACCAGAGAGAAAGAUACGGACGGUAGCCAGUUCGUGGUUUACAGGAGUGAGUAUGGGCCAGACGCCCUUGGAGACGAGGGGCUUGUUCGUACCCUUGGAAGUGCCGCAUUGCGACCGGCGCUUCUCGUUCGAGAUCCAAUCCGAGUGCUUGAUGGCUGCGAUGACGAUGGAAUCCAACAAGGAUAUGCCCGGUAUUGCGAGAUGGUCAGCCAGUCAACAUCUACACACAUUGUCCUCUACGAACGGCUACUGCUCAAUCGCCCGGCAGAGGUAGCCAGGCUCUGCGACUGGUGGGGGAUGCCCUUCCCAGAGAGCAUGGCAAGGAUGGAUGAUGGCACAGGAAUCACUUUGGAGCAGGAUGAAGGGAGAUACCGCAAUCGCUUGUCCAACGCGCGGAAGGACCAGGCUGAGGAAGCGAUGGGGCGGCACUACCUGCGAUUCUGGAAGGGCUCGGACUUUGUACGACUGCAGGCCCUGCUGUCGGAGAAGUCGUGGUUUGGGUUCGAUCUGGACGACACUCUGCAUGAGUUUCGCCGUGCUUCGAGUGCGGCGGUCGAGGCUGUGCUGAGAGCAAUGUCAGACCACACCGGCGCUGAUCUCUCGCUGCUGAAAGAGACGCAUUCUCAGGUGCUCAAGGAGAAGACAGCCAAUGCAUUCUCCGACGGCAAGACGUCGUUCGAUUAUCGCAGGGAAAGAUUCAUGGCCGUUCUCUCGCGUCUCUCCCUGCCAUCCGAUGACGAGACGUUCCUCGCAAAUCUGCUCCAGGUAUACGAGACAACGCUGACCAGGUCAUUUGAGCUCAAGGCGGGUGCCCUCCAGCUGUUUGAAACGCUGAAAAGGCUGGGCAAGAAGAUUGUCGUCAUCACUGAAGGGCCGCAGGAUGCACAGGAGCGCACCGUCGAGGCACUGGGACUGGCCAAGCACGUUGAUUUCCUCGCCACGACGAACCGCUUCCGGGUCAGCAAGACGGACGGGAUGUUUGGGAAGGUGCUGGAGCAUCUUGACAUCUCGCCGGGGGACAUGGUUUUCGUCGGGGAUAACGAAGAGCGAGAUGUCAAGAUGGCUACGGCGGCGGGCAUAUUCUCCAUCUAUUUUGCUGAGGCUCUGGAUGUUUCUCUCAUGGCGGAUGGGCCGCGUAUAAACACACUGCGUAAGCUGCAACAUCUGCUGGAGGGUGCUGGUGAUACGGAGUGA